AUGUUUGGACUCGGCAUUCUCCAAGAUGAUGGCAAGCUAUGGCCGAUCGAUAACCUAGCGGAAAAAAUCGAGGAAAAAGUGCCUGGAUAUUAUCUGGGUAUCCCAACGCGUACUGGGUCUCUUUCUACUUUAUGUCCAGGCGAAUUUUUACAUUUAUUGCCACAGGCUAUUGAAAACACACCCGAAAGCAACGCCGCUGCCCGUUUUGAGUUACUUGCCACUCUUUGCCGCGCGUACCCAGAGGAGGAUGGUCAAUUCGUCAUAGCUAUGAGUGGUGCCAGUCUGGUUGGCUAUGUCAAACAGGCCAUCGCAUACGCUGGGGAGUCUCACCCAUUCUACCCAGAAUUGCUCUCCAUGCUGGCGACUUCUCUUACUGGUAGAUUUCACGAUUCUUGGGCGACGGGGGCGAACGUGGAGGAACGGUUGCAGCUCAGGCUGAAAGCGAUGCCUGAUUUAGAAGAAGCAUUGGAGUUGAGGGAGAAGGCUUUGGCAAUGACGUCCGAAGAUGAUACUAAAUGGAUCCCGCGACUGAAUGGGGUCACGAAAUCUCUUUUGGAAAAGGCUCAGAGGACUAAGGUAAGCCAGGAUUUGCGUGCGGUUGAGAGCAAUGCUCGAAAGGUUGUCGACAUGGUUCCUGAAGGGCAUCCAGACAGAGGUGAAGUUCUAUGGCAGCUGGGGGACGUCCUAGACGUCUUAGACUAUCUAUCUACGGAAGAUAGAUUUCCGGAGUCUUAUUUUGAAGAAGCUACGAAAUUGGGACUCCGAGCACUGCCCUUGACGAAGGCCAACAAGUCGGCACGGGCAUGGGGGAUGGAGCGGAGGCUCAUAAGACGGUAUGAAAACACAGGCCGAAUCGCAUAUCUGGACGAAGUCAUCCGCUUUCGGCAAGAAUAUGAUACAGAUGAUGGUGAAGGAAAAGGAUCAUUAUCUGAGAUCGGGGAGCUAUUCAUGAUAAGAUAUCUACGAACAGGCGCAAUGUCCGACUUAGACGAGUUUAUCUGCAGGAUGGAACGCACAGUGGCGAACGGGGAAGACCACUAUGGCAUGCGCACUGAAUGGGCAAACAGUCUUGCAGCUGGGUACGGAUAUAGAUACGCAAUAACACGCGUCGAAUCUGAUAUCAGGAGAUCUAUCGAUCUACUUCGAGAUAACCAAAAGACAAUUUCCCGGCGACAAAGUGCGCGGUAUGAAUUCGACGAAAGCUGGCGAAAUCAGGACGAGUGCGCGCUUCACCUCGCCAACCAACUUGAGAGCAGGUUUCGAGUAUCAAAAUCCAUGAGAGAUCUUGACGAGGCUAUUGAGAUCGAUAAUAACGUCAUUCGCCAAAUUUGGUUCAGGAAGGACAAUCAGAUGCAUGAUAAACAACGCGGUCUUGCCCAGUAUGCGAUCCGGUUGCUGAAGAGGUACUGCAUUCAAAAGAGUGCAGAAGAUCUCACAAAUGCUGAGAGAAUAUGCCACCAGGCGGUAAAUGCAGAAGUAAAUGGCAUAAAUCUAUCGUUUGCGCUUUGUGCGCUUGGGGACGUGUUUUACCAACGCCAUCUCGAUGGGAAGUCGCCCGAUGCCCUAAGAACGGCCAGUUCGGCAUAUGAAGAUGGCUUUUCCAACGAGAACAGCUCUCCACAGCACCGCAUCCAAUGUGGAAUGGGAUUGUUGAAGGCUCUUUGCCUCAUGGGAAGAUGGGAAGAUGGGUAUGAAACUUCUACCAAAACUCUCACGCUAGUCCAGCAGAUGAUGGCACGGUCACUCGAAAAUGCAGAGAAGCAGUACUUGUUAGGCCAAUGUGUCGGCUUUGCUUCUGACGCAGCAUCAGUAGCACUAAACGCAGGAAAAGGACCUGAGAUCGCCCUGCAGUUCCUGGAGCAAGGCCGCGGGUUGCUUGCUUCUUCAAUAGAGGAUUCGCGAAUCGAUGUCACUUCCCUCCGGACGAGCUACCCGGAUUUGGCUGGAAGAUUUACCAGUAUCCGUGAACGGCUCCAAGAGUCAGCGACUCCGAGAAUCGAUUCUGGGAAAGGGCAUGAUUUGAGUUACCAUAAAGAAGCGCGGUCGGUUCAGCGCCACAGGCUCGGUGAAGAUCUUGAUCGAUUAGUUGAUGAGAUUCGAAAAAGGCCAGGAUUCGAAACUUUUCUCGCGGCACCUACAGUGCCAGAAAUGCAAGCUGCUGCUGCCAAUGGUGCCAUUGUUGUACUCAAUGUGAGCAAAUAUCGCUCUGAUGCAAUUAUCGUUGAGAAGGGUCGACUUCAUGCUCUACCAUUGCCGAUGCUGAGCAAGGAGGAAGUGGUGGAGAGAGCCAGAGGUGGCACAGCAGCAUUAGCCAACACCAAGACACUUGAGUGGCUAUGGGAAACUGUUACAUCGCCGAUUCUGGACUAUCUUGGCUUUACUCAAUCGCUUGGGCAAGAUGAAUCGCAAUGGCCUCGCAUCCGGUGGAUUGCGACUGGCAUAAUGAGCAGUUUCCCAAUCCAUGCCGCUGGCUGGCAUGCAGCACCGCCAGAUCUAGGACUCACGGUACUGGAUAGAGUCGUUUCGUCGUACAGCUCAUCGAUCAAGGCGAUUAUUCAUUCACAAAAGCGCCCAGCUUUCGAUUACCAGAAACUCGGAGACCAGUCUCAAGCGCUUCUUGUCGCUGUGCCGCAGGCCCCGGGAUGUUCAAGCCUUCCUUCUGCAGCAAAGGAGCAUGAGGUGCUGCAAAAAUUGUUCAACACAAUCAACUGGGAAGUUCACGCAGCAGAGAAUACCAAGGCAGGUGUUGUGUCUCGCCUCCGCUCAUCACAGAUCUUUCAUUUUGCUGGCCAUGGCACCGUCGAUCCACUCAACCCCUCGAGAAGUUUCUUGUACCUUGAGGAUUGGAAGAAACACCCAUUCACUGUAGCUGAACUAUUGGAGCUCAACCUUCAACAGGGCAUGCCGUUCCUCGCCUAUCUCUCUGCUUGCCGAACUGGCCAAGUACGAGAUGAAGAAUCCCUUGAUGAGAGCGUUCAUUUGAUCAGUGCGUUCCAACUGGCGGGUUUUCGGCACGUCAUUGGCACGCUUUGGGAGGUAAACGACGAUAUAUGCGUGGACAUGGCAAGCUAUGCUUACCAGGCCAUAUGGAAUGGACGGUUCACGGAUAGGUCCGUCUGCUUGGGGUUACAUACAGCGAUGAGGAGGCUUCGGGACGAAUGGCGAAGCCGCUUGGCAUCAUCAGGCCAAAGAGGGAGGAAGGGGGCGAAGAUUGAUUUGGCAAACAGUGCUGAAUCACAGACGAGCCGCAACCAGGGGACUAAGGAAGGCAGGGAUAUGCUUCGCUGUGACGAGGAGGAGACGCUCUUUUGGGUGCCCUUCGUUCAUUUCGGAGUAUAA